AUGAAAGUAUGCUGCGUGGACCCUGCUCCCGAGUCCAUGUGGCCAAAUAACUACGGCGUGUGGGUCGACGAAUUCGAGGCGCUAGACCUGACGGACUGUCUAGAUUACGUUUUGGCAAAAAGCCGUGGUGUAUUUAGACGACGGCAAGCAGAAGUAUCUGGACCGGCCGUGGACUCACAUCCGUUCGCGCUGGAUCAGAUGGUGUUCAUGGACUGGCGGGACUCGCAUCUCGCCCCGGGGACGCCCAUGCAGAAGAGCAACGCCGACCUCCCCACCUUCCUCUACGCCAUGCCCCUCUCCCCGACCACCGUCUUUCUAGAGGAGACGUCGCUAGUGGCGCGGCCAGCCGUGGCGUUUGACGAGAUCCAAAGGCGCCUGGAGAAGCGCCUGGCGCACCUGGGCAUCAAAGUGAACGCCAUCACCGAGCAAGAAUAUUGCCUGAUCCCCAUGGGAGGUGUGCUGCCAGACAUGCCGCAACGUGUGCUGGGGAUAGGAGGCACAGCGGGCAUGGUCCACCCCUCCACUGCUACAUGGUGGCUCACUCGCUCCCAGCAGGCCCAUGAGUCAUCUUCACUUACCCCGUUUCAAUCUGUAACACCCUCCUUGUCUGUGCCCCUCCCUUCCAUCUCAAGUCAACUCAAGCUAUUCCCCCCUUUGCCCCCCCUCCUCCUCUCCCAGGCCUACAUGGUGGCGCGCUCGCUGGCAGCAGCGCCAGUGGUGGCAGCAGCAAUAGUGAAGCAGCUGGAGCGGGAGGGGCUGGGAGCAGGGCGAGCAGAGGGGAGUGACAGCGUGUCUGCCAGCGCCAGUGGUGGCGGCGGCAAUAGUGAAGCAGCUGGAGCGGGAGGGGCGGGAGCAGGGCGAGCGGAGGGGCGGCGACAGCUUGUCAGCAAGCGUGUGGGAGGACGUGUGGCCGCUGUGGCGCAAGGAGCAGCGCAGUUCUUCUGCUUCGGCAUGGACGUGCUGCUCCGGGUGGGUGCUGUGCUGCUCCGGGUAGGUGCUGUGCUGCUCCGGCUGGACCUAGCAGGCAACCGGCGGUUCUUUGACGCCUUCUUUGACCUCACGCCCUACCAGUGGCAUGGCUUCCUCUCCUCUCGCCUCAACAUCAUGGAGCUCAUCUCAUUUGGUCUCUCGCUAUUCAAGCACGCCUCCAACCCAGCGCGGAUUGAGAUCAUGGCCAAGGGACUGCCUGGCCUUGGCACACUCAUUCAAAACGUCGUCAAGAUGCGCGUUUAG